AUGUUGUAUAACGCCCUUCAGUAUAUGCUCCCCGUGGCUCCCGUUGCGCGACACAGUCGCGAAUACAUGUAUCGCGUCCACAACACCCAAGUCCUCCCUCGCUCGACGUCGGAUGAUAUCAUCGCACUCUUGUCUACAGACUUUACGUCGGGAUUGGUAUCCGGAGACUUGGUUUCAGACAUCACGAGCGCGUGUUGGAAGGUAAUGGACCUUGGUGUGGACGACCUUGCCGUCUUGCACGCUGUCAUGCAUCAAGACAAUGUUGCUGACAUCACGUUGGCCUGGGAGAGUGACCCUGUACACGCCUCUGUCGACUCCAACGCUGGUCACAAUGUUCACUUCUGGGUAUCUGCCCACGACGUGGACCGGACCGCGAAGCUGGCCGAAUUUCUAUGCUGGUUCUGGUGCGUGCAUUGUGGGGCGGAGGCCGCUCUACAGUGUUGCAUUCGCCGCAUUGGCUAUGUCUUUGUGGAUGGGGGCGUGUCGGGUGUACUUCUCUGCGAUUCAUCGAUUGACCUCAGAAGGGUCGACUUCCUCGACGGAUUUCCGCAGCGUACCAUGGUUUGCGUGGCGGAGAGGAUGUUUUGCGCAGUGUCCUCCUGCGCAGACAUCUCUGUUCAAACUACCGAGGACCAGGCCUUGCACUGCAUAGAAACAUUCAGAAAUGCUGAGUUGAAGGCUGAGGGCAUGAUCGCGUAG